AGAGAGAGAACUAACAAAAAAAACCUUUGCUGAAACCCAAAGAUCUCAUCCGGCCUUUAUUUUGAAAUGUACUCUAAGGGGAAGUGACGUCAGUUGGAGCGGCGCUGUGUUCCGGGCUGUACACAGAUGCUUCUGUCCGAGGAACAUUGUUUGGGUUUUAUGUGCGGUUCGGUCAGAGGAAAGAAAGAAGCAGCACAGAAGAAGCUCCAGGAAUCCCAGACAAGAACCUGAGCGCAGGCAGAGGGAAGCUGCAUGGCAGCGGCGGUUACUGCGGCCAAGAAGUAUGCAAUGGAGCAGAGCAUCAAGAGUGUUCUGGUAAAACAGACGCUUGUGCAGCAGCAGCAGCUCACCAGCUUACAGAUGGCUCCUCUGACCAUGGGUUUAGGAGAUGCUCUGUCUCCUCUGCAGUCGGUAGCUGCUCAGCGCCAGAGAGCCUUGGCCAUCAUGUGUCGGGUUUACGUGGGUUCAAUCUACUACGAGCUGGGUGAGGACACCAUCAGACAGGCUUUCGUCCCCUUUGGACCAAUCAAAAGCAUUGACAUGUCCUGGGACUCCGUCACCAUGAAGCACAAGGGUUUUGCCUUUGUGGAGUAUGAAGUACCUGAAGCGGCUCAGCUGGCGCUGGAACAGAUGAACUCUGUGGUCCUUGGAGGGAGGAACAUCAAGGUUGGGAGGCCCAGUAACAUUGGCCAGGCUCAGCCAAUCAUUGACCAGCUGGCGGAGGAAGCUCGUGCCUUCAACAGGAUCUAUGUGGCUUCGGUGCACCCGGACCUCUCGGACGAAGACAUCAAGAGUGUCUUCGAGGCCUUUGGGAGGAUCAAGUCAUGCAUGUUGGCCCGCGAGCCGACCACAGGACGCCACAAAGGCUAUGGCUUUAUUGAGUUUGACAAACCUCAGUCAGCCCAGGACGCUGUGGCCUCCAUGAACCUGUUUGACCUGGGGGGUCAGUAUCUGCGGGUGGGGAAAGCUGUGACUCCACCCAUGGCUCUCCUCACGCCGACGACUCCUGGAGGACUCCCAGCAGCAGCGGCCGUGGCUGCUGCUGCCGCUAACGCAAAGAUCACAGCUCAGGAUCCAGUUGGAGCCUCUCUCCUGGGGCCCCUGGCUGGACCGGCCCUUCUCUCUCAGCAGCUGGGCCUCCCUCAGGCCGUCAUGGCUGCCCAGGCCCCAGGCGUCAUCACAGGUGUAACCCCGGCGCGGCCUGGUCUGCCUCAGGUGGGGCUAGUGAACCCGGUGUUGGCCACACCCCCUUCAGUGACGGCGUCUCUGGGCAUCGAGCUGAAGAAGAAGGAGGAGCAGCAGCAGGAGGCGCAGCAGGACGGUGCCUCUGAGCCGCUAAGUGAACAGGAGCACAUGAGCAUCAGCGGCAGCAGCGCACGUCACAUGGUGAUGAGGAAGCUGCUCCGGAAGCAGGAGUCCACCGUCAUGGUCCUCAGGAACAUGGUGGGCCCCGACGACAUUGACGACGACCUGGAGGGUGAGGUGACAGAGGAGUGCGGGAAGUUCGGCGUGGUGAAGCGGGUCAUCAUCUACCAGGAGCGUCAGGGGGAGGAGGACGACGCCGAGGUCAUCGUUAAGAUCUUCGUGGAGUUCUCUGAGGCGGUGGAGAUGAACCGCGCCAUCCAGGCCCUGAACAAUCGCUGGUUUGGGGGGCGGAAGGUGGUGGCUGAGGUCUACGACCAGGAACGCUUUGAUAACGGUGACCUUUCAGCGUAGACUUUGGAUGACCCGUUCUGAAGGUGUCCAUCACCAUAGAACCACCUCCUUCAGAUCAGAACUAACGGACUGGACCCAGCUGCUGUUUCUUCCAGAACUAGUUUCUCCUCUUGGUUUCCCUCUGACAGAACCUUUCUUAGACCCGCUGGACUUCUUCAAAGCUGGCGGUCACAGGUCGGUUUUAGAUCUGGGCCUUCUUGGGUUCUUGCUUCUGUUUAGAGACGAGCAGUAAACAAGCAGCUGCCACCCCAGUGGGAAUGACCCACUGAUCCAAAGCAGCUGCCACCCC